GUUCGCUGCUGGUUCUCCAUGCCCUGUGCUGGUGGGUCAAAUAUUUCGUGUCUCUAUCUAGCAUGAGAAGAGGGGAUAUAUUCAGUCUCUAAUUCAGUUUGUCACGUCAAACUUGCUUGGGGACCGUGAAGGUCAGCUACUGUAAACAGAAGGGUUGAGCUACUUAUUGCUGAACUACUCUGGAAAAUACAGGUAGUGGUAAAAUUGUCAGCUGAUGUUUUGAGACUUCAUCCGAAGAAAUGGACCCCAGGGAACUCUCUCCCCUGAAGCACUUUGUAGUUGCCAAAAAGAAGAUUAAUGAUGUUUUUGAGCAGCUGCUUGGCUACGUCCAGGAGGGUUCAGAGUUUGUAAAAGACACAUGUCAGAAUGAUUCUUUGGAGCAGAUUGCAGAGAAGGCUCAGCUGGAGAAGAUUGAGGCGUACACGGGCAAAUUGGCAGUCAUCAAAGAGGUGCUGGCUCGCCGGCAUAUGAAGGUGGCAUUUUUUGGCAGAACUAGCAAUGGAAAGAGCACAGUUAUUAAUGCCAUGCUGCGGGACCGGGUGCUGCCCAGUGGCAUCGGGCACACAACAAAUUGCUUUCUGAGUGUUGAAGGCACUGAUGAAGAUAAGGCUUAUCUGAAGACUGAGGGAUCUGAGGAAGAGAAAAGCAUCAAGACAGUCAAUCAGCUGGCCCAUGCACUGCAUAUGGACGAGAGCCUUGAUGCUGGCUGUCUGGUCAAAGUUUUCUGGCCCAAGGCGAAAUGUGCCCUUCUUAGAGAUGACCUUGUUCUCAUGGACAGUCCUGGGACGGACGUCACAACCCAGCUGGACAGCUGGAUUGACAAGUUUUGUCUGGAUGCUGAUGUGUUUGUGCUGGUGGCCAACUCAGAAUCCACACUAAUGAACACGGAGAAGCAUUUCUUCCACAAAGUAAACGAACGCCUUUCAAAGCCUAACAUUUUCAUUCUCAACAAUCGCUGGGAUGCAUCUGCCUCUGAACCCGAAUACAUGGAGGACGUGCGGAAGCAGCACAUGGACCGCUGCGUGAACUUCCUGGUGGAGGAGUUGAAGGUGGUGGACAAAGAGCAGGCGCCCAACCACAUCUUCUUUGUGUCCGCCAAAGAAGUGCUGAACUCUAGAAUGCAGCGGGCGCAGGGUAUGCCAGAGACUGGAGGAGCUUUAGCAGAAGGCUUCCAGGACAGACUGAAGGAGUUCCAGAGUUUUGAGAGAACAUUUGAGGAGUGUAUCUCGCAAUCAGCAGUGAAAACAAAGUUUGAGCAGCACACAAUCAGGGCAAAGCAGAUUACUGAGAGUGUCAAAGGCAUCAUGGAUCAAAUCCACAUCGCCGCUGCUGAAAAGAGGGUGGCCUCUCUGGAGGAGAGAGAGUAUCUGAUGGACCGAUUGGAAUUUGUUCGCAAUCAGCUCAAUCUACUCAUCGAGGACAUCAAGAAGAAAAUUAAGAUUGUUACAGAGCAGGUGGAGAAACAGGUGUCUAAUGCCAUGGCAGAGGAGAUCUGUCGACUCUCUGUGCUCAUAGAGGAGUUUCAUACAGACUUCCACCCGUCUCCCCAUGUGCUGAAAAUCUACAAAUCAGAACUACUCAAUCAUGUGGAGAAAGGCAUGGGGAAGAAUCUGGCAUUCCGCUGCUCUGACGCAGUCAAUGCUUCUGUGCAGUCCUCUCAGAAAGAUAUGAUUGAGUGUUUGCAGCCUCUGCUGCCCCCUACUGUUCAAAGCCAGAUCCACAUGCUGAUCCCCUACAGGAAGUUUGACCUCAGCUAUGACCUGAACUGUGCCACACUCUGUGCUGAUUUCCAAGAGAACAUAGAGUUUCAGUUCUCUUUGGGCUGGACUGCCUUGGUCAGCCGCUUCCUCGGACCAGCUAAUGCCAGGCGGGCCCUGAUGCUGAUAGACCAGAACCUGCAGCUCUCAGCCACCACACCAACAGGUGGAGCUGUGGCCCAGGCUGCACCCCCCAGAGCCCCAGUCACUCAGGGCCAGUGCCAGGCUGUGAUGACCCAAGAGGAACUCAUGAUGUCUAUGGCUGCCAACCUUGCCUCGCUCACCUCACGCACCUCCAUGAGUGUGGUUAUUGUCGGAGGAGUGGUGUGGAGGACGAUAGGCUGGAGAGUCAUCGCUCUGUCUAUGAGCCUUUAUGGCCUGCUGUACCUGUAUGAGAGGCUCACCUGGACCACGAAGGCCAAGGAGAGAGCUCUGAAGAAGCAGUUUGUGGAUUAUGCCACUGAGAAGCUCCAGAUGAUAGUCACUUUCACCAGCUCUAACUGCAGCCACCAGGUCCAGCAGGAAAUAGCCAGCACCUUCGCCAGGCUGUGCCAACAGGUGGACAUCACCCAGCGAGAGCUGGAGAGUGAAAUUAGCCACCUAACCACAAAGAUCCAGGAGCUGGAGAAGGUCCAAACCCACUCCAAAGCCCUCAGGCACAAGGCCACAGAGCUGGAGAAGCAGCUGGAAAACUUCACCAUUCAGUAUCUCCAGCCACAGAACUGACCUGUGACACUGGCAGCACCUCAGACCUCAGGAGUGGAUUCUGGUUGAUUAUAGCAUGGAUUGCAAAAUUAAUAAGCCCACUUUGGCCUGUCCACCAGGUGGACAACUGUGUCUGCACUUUAACCAGGGUUAGCAUUGCAAAAAGAUCAAUAUGAACUGUCAAAGGUUGGUUUCAGAAACAGUUUAGUUGUGGUUUACUGUAUUUAAGCUGAGUUUAUACUGCAAGUGAUGAGAUAAAUAGUGAAUACACUACUGUAUAAACUGUGAGAUCGGCACAUGAAGAAAACUGUCCAUGGCUGCAGAAUGGAGAACCACGCUUGAGGCACAGAAAUGGAGCCUUUCUCGUCGUACAGUUGACUACGUGGCAGUUCAUGAUACACUGUACAGAAAGCAGAUUACUUCUAACCAUAUCUGUCUGACUUGAAAUAGAGCCUUUUCCCAAGCCUUUCUUUUCUACAGAAGAAAAACUUCAACCAAGUUCAAAACAUGAAUACCAGCCUGAGGAAACAAUGUAUUAUAGAUAGCCUUUUGAUCACAAUGCCUGUUUUUCUAUAUGUUCCUCAGAAACCUUUCUAUGACUCUAACCCAUCGUGAAAACUUUCUUUAUAGACUUUCUCCUUUGUAAAAACAAAAAAGGGUAAGUGUUCACCUUGAAUAACUGUCUAAAAGAGCUUAUUACAUGAGAGAAUAUAAGUAAAAUAUUACCACGUCUUGAUGCGUUAUCCUUGCCAUUUAUUUGAAAAGGUUUAGAAAGUGUAGAGGCAACAGGAAAAGAAAACAACUGAAUUAUUAUUGAAGGCAUGUAACACUUUACUUAAUCUGAUAUUAUGACAUGUAGCAGGGUUUAUGUCCAGUAAUUGGCAUAUCACAUCCUAAACUUUGCUAAGUAAAUAUCUUUGCUGAGAUGAGGUUGUGGAACCACCUGUUUUAUCUUAAUUAGCCCCCCCCAAAAAAAAAGUCUCCCAGCAUUUUCCUAAUGGAGCGGACUCGGUCGCAAACAAAAUCUGUCAUGACCACAUAAAGUUUUAAAUAAAAGGUUAGAAUACUUAACUUUUAAGGCUUGAACAAAAAUCUAAAAAGAAAAAAAGUAUUUUCCACUCUUUGAAAUGUAAAAACAAAUUACAAUUCCACAAGUACUUGGAGUACAAAUCUGUCCAAAAAAGUAACAAAGUACAAUUACUUGAGUAUAUUCCACCCCUGCUUGUUUGAACUUUUGUAGCACUAAUGACAAAUUGACAACAAAUUGGCUUAAAGCCUUUUUUCCUUUUAUUGAAUACAAUAUCAACUUAUGGCAACAUACCAUUAUCACCAAGCCACUAUACAAAUACAAAAACCGGUGAGACUAGAAAAAUCAUUUCUUAACAAAUGAUUAGUCCACCACAUUAUGGCACUAUAAAAUACAUCAAGGCAUGAAAUCCCUGGUUUUACUGGCUCAAAACAACAUUUAUAAAAAAAAAAAUAACCAAACAAAACAGGAUCAGGCAAUUCAUUUUUCUAGUUUGGGCCCUGCUGCCCUUUUGUUUCAUGAACAAAAACACACUCUUCUGACUGCCCUUCCCGACUCAAUACCGCUUAACACCACUGUGUCAGUACUGGAAUAGAUGCUCUUCCAGUCGCUGCACAAUGUGCCAAGAACACUGACCAUGGAAACAACUUAAUGCUGUUGGGUCUUCAUUGAUACACAACUUGCUGCAGAAUAGUCUUUUCUUCCAUGCUUAAGGACCAGGGUUGUAUAAGUCACCUAAAGAAACAGCCCAACAGUGUGUCCAGUACUCACUUGUUAGGUAAUUUAAUGUUUGAGAAAAGGCCUCAGACCAUGAUGCAAAAGAAGAAAAUGUUUAAAAUUUGGCUGGACAAGUUAAAUAUGAGUAAACAAUAAGGUUUAUCAAAAGGGCUAGUUUCUUCUACAAAGCAGUAAACUAUGAUGACCUCAAACAGUCCUGUAAUAACAGACACACUGAUAGGAAUGUUUGAAGUAAUGGCACUGGUGGGCUGCAAGUUAAAAGAAUAGAUUGAACAAACAAGCUAAUAUGGUCAACAGUAAAUGAAGUUCAGUAGCCAGCACUCAAUUCAAUUCCAUUUGUUCUUAAUGGCAUUAGCAUUUUUGGCUGAACUAUUCCUUUAAAACUGUCAGUUCUGUGGUUCCCUCGGUUGCUUCUGCUCUACCUUUAGUGUGGAAGUACUGCAUCCUUUAGGGGAAAGUGAUGGGAACACACAUUAUUGGUAGUGUUUUCUCAUUUUCUACUGUGAUCUACAUAUAGUAGAUCUCACAUCUCACAUACACAACUUCAACUGAAACUCACAUACUCAUGCAGAGAACCCGACCCUUUAUGUUACUUCAAAUAUAGUUUAUUCAGUUUUUACUCAUAUGAGCCAUAAUUACUAGGGAUGCACUGUGAUAUCAGAAUCAUAACCAUAUUGGCAGAUAAUCGCUUAAAAAAAGCUGAAUAUUUAGAUGACACUGGAUGCUGUGCUAAAAUACCUGUUUAAUACAUUUUACUGCAUUCAUAAUUCUCUACAAGUAAGUUAAUUUUUCUGUAAUGCUAGUUCAGGUGAUACCAAUUUCUACACAAAAAAAAAAUCUCAGUAUCAGCAAAUUUGUAGAUGUAAAAAUAUUGGAUAUCAGCAUUGGCUCACAAAUGCCAUAUUUGUGCAUCCCUCACAUUUACCUCUAUUUUAUUUAAACAAAUGAUCAUUCACUCCUUCAGGCAUACAAAGGGGGAAGUCUAAUCCCUGACUUUCUCCAAAAUUCUCCAAGCAUACUCCAACCACCUGUUUAGGAACGUUUGAAUGUGUUUUUAAGACAGAGCCACUGGUCUCAGAUUCUUUUUGGAGCAACAUGUAGCAUCAAGCUGGUCAGAUCAAGGCCACUUAAUAUUUUGCCAGACAAAUGUAAUCUACAGUCAGCAAAGAACCUAAUAAAGUGUUAACCAUAA